UAGGGGGGCACAGUGGACUUGAGGAGCGUGACGGGCCAACCGUAUCCCUCGAAGAAGACCCUGUUGCUAGCAUCACAUCCUUUCCUGCUGUCAUCUGCUUCCUCUGUGUCAUCGGGCCAACUGCUUUCCAUUCAUUUAUUUCCAAUCACUUACACGAAAUCCUUACUCCAUUAGUCGUUGACUACUCUGUAAUAUGAAGGGGUUAAAGAUCGUGACCGUGCUGUCGUGUGUGUUGGUGUCUUUGUUCUGUGUGGCGGAGGCUGCAAGGAACAGGAAAGACUCCAGCAACCAGAACAGCUUCCGCCGGGCGGCGAACGGUAUCUACCAGACCCUCAGCAAUGUAUUCGGCGAAGAAAAUAUUCGAGGAUUGUACAAGUUUUUCUCCAAGACAACCGAACGUUUUGUCCAUGGAGUUGACGGCUUUGUCGACUCUAUCUGGAAGAUUUGGACAGAUCUGCUGGAUGUCAUGGGCAUCGAUGCCUCCAACAUGAGCCACUACUUCAGCCCCACCUCGCUGACCAACUCCCCGGCCCGCGCCCUGCUGCUGGUGGCCGCCGUGCUGCUGGCCUACUGGUGCCUGUCCCUCUUCCUGAGCGGCCUCUACUACCUGCUGCACUCGGUGUUCGGCCGCUUCUUCUGGGCGGUGCGCGUGUUCCUCUUCGCCAUGGCCUGCCUCUACAUCCUGCAGAAGUUCGAGGGGGACCCGGAGCGCGCCGUGCUGCCGCUGUGCUUCGUCAUGGCGGUGUACUUCAUGACGGGGCCCGUGGGCGCCUUCUGGCGCCGCGGCGGCGGCGGGGCUGGCUCCCUGGAGGAGAAGAUCGACCAGCUGGACACCCAGGUCAGGCUGCUCAACAUCAGGCUGUGUCGCAUCAUGGAAAGCAUGGACCGAUCAGCGGAGAAGUAGAGGGGGGGGAUGUGCUGGGGGGGUUGGCGCGGGGGAUUCUGGGGGUGAUAGUUUGGGAGUUCCCAUGGGCACAUUUGACGGCAAUAACUUGGUGUUGACACUGCUGUUCUUGAGUUUUGGUGAAAUCUCCAUUCGAAACGAUGACGAACGAUAGUUUAGGCAAAUGUCACAAAAUAAUAGGUAUAGCUUUCAGUUUAUUUACACCUGGCACUCUAUUUAUAUCGAGUAUUUUGACUGAAAUGUUUCUAAGGUUAGGUCCAUCUGCAGUACAAGGUAUUAAUAACACAUUUUCCUUUUGAAACUGAUUUGUCAACAGUUUUGCUUCAGAAAAAACUCUCAAUCUGGUAUGCAUCGUGACACUUGGAAUAGAUCCAGGUUUGUAAUAACGACAACAUAUUAUCUGAAGUUGGUUUCCUUUUAAAUUAUUGUGAAUAUCCCCUAGGUCCUGAAUGUUUUUAUCAACUUUGUCUUUCCCUUUUGGAAAGUGUGUGUGUGUGUGUGUGUGGUUACCCAACCAUCUUUCUUACCAUUCCCAUCGAGCUCUCAUGUCUGACAAUUCCAUUUUAUUGACCCUCUCGGUUCCGUUUUAACUGUUAAUGCCACAGAAUAUUGGGACAUUAGCUUCCAUAAGAGCAGGUAUCAGGAACCCCUUUUUCUUACUGCAUUUACUGGUAUUUUGUACAAGUUCUCACGCAGGUUACACAUGUAAUUGGGUGCAUUGUUGGGAUAUGGGUGUGGUCACUGUUUGAACUUUAGACAGGCACUGGAUAAGACAAACUAAUGGAAAUGACACAAGGCAACGCUAUCUCAGGGACAUAAGCAUAAUAUUAAAUACAAAAAUACAAUUGGAUAUGUCAAAUGUCAUCUGGAUUUAAUAUCCUAAAUAUACAGCGGUUGAGGGGGAAACGAUGUGUCGAGUAGGAAGAAUGGGAGAGUUGACUAGGCUUCACAUGUACCAAGGGAUAGUGCUCAUGGUGUUACCAUUGCAUACCAACGCAUUUUUCAACAUACUCUUUUGUGUCCUGAAAAACUAGCAUGGCCUUUUUAUUGAUGUCCAAAUGUCUUUCUACUACCUUUUGAGUUGACCUAAUAGUUAAAGCUGAUGGGUUUUCAAAUUAAGUUAUCAAUAACAACCAGAUGGAUUGAUAUUAUUGAGUCAGCGAUAUCCAUUGGUGGUCAGAUAUUGUACGUGGAAUUUAGUUGUCAUUUUUUUUCCGGAAACAUUGUGAUCGUGAACACAUCUCAUUCUCAUUUAAUCAUUCCUGGACUUGAAUAUUAGUUAAAUGGAUUAGCUUUAAAAUUGUGAAACAACAGCCUAUUAUUUUUCUAAUAUAUUUUCUGUAAAACUGUUUAAAUAACCUGCGUGACAUUUUUGUGGAAACGACUACCAAAACUUUUUUCGUUUUGGUUCAUCACAUCUGCCUUUUAUUUAAUUUUGUAUUGUUUUGGCCUUCAUUCUUCACAGUACUGUAUUUUUUAUGGAUUUUUUUUUUUUUUUUUUUGGUUCCAAUUGAGACGCACACGAUAAUGUCUAGUUGCUGUGUUUUGGUUUUUCUUGCAUACCACCUCUUGUGUUCUUUGUAAUGAUCUCUAUUAACCCUGACUGCCCAUUGCACUAUUUUAAAUAACUAUCUUUUACAAUAUCUAUUUCUUUAACUUGUGUUGAUGGUGUUGUCGGCAAAGAUUGAAAUACUUGCCUGACCCUAGCGCUGUGUUAUUCAGAUAUGUAAUAUAUAUAUUCUUGUCAACUUUUAUUGUAGAACAUGUUGAAUAUUCAGAUUUAUUUUCCAGCAUGAGAUGCUGAAGCCAGAGAAUGUCUGUGAUAUGAAGGUCAAAUCGGUUUAAUGAAUGCGGUAUGCUAGUCUCUAAUAUUUCCUUGGUGUCUGGACACCAAGACCAUAUUGGUGUCUGGACACCAAGACCAUAUUGGUGUCUGGACACCAAGACCAUAUUGGUGUCUGGACACCAAGACCAUAUUGGUGUCUGGACACCAAGACCAUAUUGGUGUCUGGACACCAAGACCAUAUUGGUGUCCGGACACCAAGACCAUAUUGGUGUCCGGACACCAAGACCAUAUUGGUGUCCGGACACCAAGACCAUAUUGGUGUCUGGACACCAAGACCAUAUUGGUGUCCGGACACCAAGACCAUAUUGGUGUCCAGACCAAUAUUGCCCAGUAUAUCAGCGCUUCAGCUUAUUGGAACAACUUCUCUUAAGAACAUCAAACCACGAUAGCCACGCAGAGUGCCUCGUGGGGAUAAUGUAAUGGGGCCUAGAAUUAAAUAGAUAAGGAAUUUGAUAUUCCAAAAAGGGGUGCUUCCAAUCAAAAGUACAUUUUUAAUUAUUUGUGGCAGAGGCUGCAAAGUAAUAAGCAGGGUGUAACAACUCAAGAAUCCUGUUAAUCCGCAAAAAAAUCAUGUAAGCCGUUUUGGUUUUCUGAACUAAGUCUUCACUUCAAUUAAGCAGUUUAUUUUCUGGCCGUUGUUUGGGUUUUCAUGUUCUCUGAUGUUGUUAGCUUUUUGAGUGUAUGCAUGGUUAAGUUAUUUGCUGAGUGUCGUGUUCAUUCCUCCAAAAUUCAGAAUUUCCUCUAUGAAUUAUUGACAGGAGCACCAAACGGGUCUCCCUGUUGUCUACUUUAUGAGUUUGUCUGAAUCUGUAAUAGAGUAAAGUUUUGGGAAAAAAAAAGUUGUCUUACAGUGCAAAUGAGGUCCAGAUGUGAAUGAAUUAAACUUUAUCACCACUGA